CAAAACGGAGGAGUAUUUUCACAAAGUAUUGAUUUCUUUGUUUCGCUUGAACUACUGUUGACGUAACAGGAAUUGGAAGUAGUUCAAAAAACACAAUUGACGGAAUACUUCCAUUUUGACAACUUAAUGUUCUAAAACGCAUGGGUGGAAGGUCCUCGAAAGUUGAUGAAUUAUUUUCACACUUUCCACAGUUAGAUAAAACUCAUAUAAUAGUGAUUGGAUUACACAAUGCGGGUAAAACAUCCAUUAUGCGAGGCAUGGGUUUAGAUUCCGGCUUGAAGAAGAUUUCCCAGGUAGGAAUGCCAAUUCUGACAGCAAAGAUUGGUAAAAAUGUCCACAUCACAGCAUGGGAUGUUGGUGGACCUGGCAAAUUACGGAGUAUGUGGGAGCAUUAUUUCAGUGUAUCUAAAGGUAUAGUGUUUGUAGUUGAUAGUACUAACAAGGAAACACUAGCAGAAGCUUCUGUGGAACUUAAUACCAUUUUAAAUAAAAAGAUAUUGGCUGGUGUUCCUUUAAUGGUAAUGGCAAACAAGCAAGAUAUGCUCGAAAAGAUGCCUAUUUCCGAUAUUUCAACUGGUCUGCAUCUAUAUGACUUGAACAGAAUGUGGGACAUUAUAGGAACCUGUGGCACAACUGGAGAUGGCGUAUAUGAAGCCAUGAAAGGAAUUAGUGAGAUGAUGAAAAUACGUGAAAAGAGAAAACUAGAUAAUAAGAUAGCAGAUGCUUGUAUGGUCGAAAUUUAGCAAAUUUUUUGACGGCUUAAUUUACGAUGUGUAUUUGGUAGUUUCAUGAAAUGUUGAGAAUUGCUGAGAAAUAGAAAAUGAUAAUUCUUUAUAAAAGGAUGAACUUUGUGAUGAACUUUGUGACUGAAGGCAAGAAAGCAGCUUUUAGUAACUUGUAAGUCAUAGAUGACAAACUAAGUAACUAUAUAGGUGUGUAUGCUGUUAUGUAUUUUUUAAAAUGAGGCUGUAUUUUCGUUUUAAAAUUUGUAAUAAAACAGAUCCAACACAUCA